UCUGGUGUUACAUCAUUUAUGGUCCGUCAAGCAAAGAAGUAGGAAAGCGUAGGUUAAGCUGUAAAUUUGUCCAUUUUCUGACCAGUUUUCUAAGUGCUAUUGAUGGAGGACCAGGAGGAUAAAGAUGUGGAAGUUAAGGCGCCUUCAGUCGUUGACCGUUAUUACACUAGAUGGUACAGAGCAGAUAUGAAGGGGAAACCGUGUGAGGACCACUGCAUCCUUCAGCAUUCAAACAGAAUAUGUGUAGUUACAUUAGCUCACACUCACCCAAUCCUCCAGAACGGACGGACAAUCAAGGGCAUCAAUUACCAGAUCAGUAAUGGCUGCAGUCGACUACAAAAUAAAGUGUCUGGGAAAUCCAAGCGGGGGGGGCAGUUUCUCACAGAUUAUGCACCUCUGUGUAGAAUAACAUGCAGUGAUGAAACUGAAUACACCAUCUACAGCUGCAUUCGAGGCCGUCUGCUCGAGGUCAACGAGAGCAUUCUAGAAACACCGUCUCUCUUACUUGAAAAGCCAUCCACUGACGGAUACAUCGCCGUCAUCCUGCCAAAGUUUGAAGAGAGCAAGAGCAUAACAGAGAACCUUCUGAGCAGGGAGCAGUUUGAGAGCCUCGUCUCCAAACGUACUGUUGACCAAUCACAGCCCUCCUGACCAAGAUCCGAGACCCGUGCCUUGUCUGAGAAGACCUCUCUUCUUUCCACUCUCAUCAGGUUCAGUGAGACUGAGGACUUUAUUGUGGAAAGUGACCGUUAAACAUCAGAGGGACUAUUGCAUUUAAUGAAAGUGCUGCACUGUGCCUCAAACAUGCAUUUUUUUUAUUUCAAGAAUUUAAUUUAUUGCUUGGAUUUUCUACUUUGGAAAGCAUACAGUUUUUAGUUUUCUGUGUAAAAUCCCCUUAACUCCUUCAGUUCUACUUCAUUUUGUAAAAUGUCAAUAAACACAAACAACAGUGA